CACCGCCUCUGCAAAACGGAGCAGGGAGGGAGCAAGAAAAAAAAAAUCACAAUCUGACAUUAACCAGCAUUCGGAACAUCACUUUGAGCUGGGGGAAAGGGAUUUUUUUCUCCGAUAUUUAAACUUUGAAUAGGAAAAACAUCGUCGGUAGAACAGACGAGAGGAGUCCGGAGAGGAGAGACCCCCCCGAGAGCGAUAUCAUACUGGGAGGACAUCUCCCAUUGCCACAAGUUUCCAUCAGGUGCAGUAACAGAGCAGACAGAAAGAGGCAGUCAUGGUGGCCCUGUCGCUAAAGAUAGGCGUGGGGAACGUGGUGAAGACCAUGCAGUUCGAACCCUCCACCCUGGUGUACGACGCCUGUCGCAUCAUCCGGGAGAGGGUCCCAGAGGCACAGCUGGGCCAGCCCAAUGACUACGGCCUGUUCUUGUCGGAUGAGGACCCGAAGAAAGGCAUCUGGCUGGAGGCAGGGAAAGCCCUGGACUAUUACAUGCUGAGGAAUGGGGACACCCUGGAGUACAAGAAAAAACAGAGGCCCCUGAAGAUCCGCAUGUUGGACGGGACUGUGAAAACGGUCAUGGUGGACGACUCCAAAAUUGUCAGUGACAUGCUGAUGACCAUCUGUGCCAGGAUAGGGAUCACAAACUAUGACGAGUACUCACUGGUGCGUGACAUCGGGGAGGAGAAGAAAGAGGAGACCACGGGGACUCUGAAGAAGGACAAGACGCUCCUGAGAGACGACAAGAAGAUGGAGAAGCUGAAGCAGAAGCUCCACACAGAUGAUGAGCUGAACUGGUUGGACCACGGGAGGACCCUCAGGGAACAGGGCGUGGAGGAGACCGAGAUGCUGCUGCUGAGGAGGAAGUUCUUCUACUCUGACCAGAACGUGGACUCCAGAGACCCGGUCCAGCUCAACCUGCUCUACGUACAGGCCCGAGAUGACAUCCUGAACGGCUCCCACCCCGUCUCCUUUGACAAGGCCUGCGAAUUCGCUGGAUACCAGUGUCAGAUUCAGUUUGGCGACCACAACGAGUCAAAGCACAAACCAGGAUUCUUAGACCUGAAGGAAUUCCUCCCAAAAGAGUACAUCAAGAAUAAAGGGGAGAAAAAGAUCUUUCAAGCUCACAAAAACUGCCAAAACAUGACAGAAAUUGAAGCCAAAGUCAGCUAUGUGAAACUCGCCAGGUCCCUCAAAACCUAUGGAGUGUCUUUCUUUUUAGUAAAGGAGAAAAUGAAGGGCAAGAACAAGCUGGUGCCGCGCCUGCUGGGCAUCACCAAGGAGAGCGUCAUGCGGGUGGACGAGAAGACCAAGGAAGUGAUGCAGGAGUGGAGCCUCACCAACAUCAAGCGCUGGGCCGCCUCGCCCAAGAGCUUCACCCUGGAUUUUGGCGAUUACCAAGACGGAUACUACUCUGUCCAGACCACUGAAGGAGAACAGAUCGCCCAGUUGAUAGCCGGCUAUAUUGACAUCAUUCUUAAAAAGAAAAAGAGCAAGGAUCACUUCGGCUUGGAAGGAGAUGAAGAGUCAACCAUGUUGGAGGAUUCCGUCUCACCGAAAAAGUCCACAGUGCUGCAGCAGCAGUUUAAUAAGGUGGGGAAGGUGGAGACGGGCUCCGUGGCGCUGCCCGCCAUCAUGCGCCCCGGCGCCGGCGGGCCAGAGAGCUUCCAGAUGGGCUCCAUGCCCCAGGCCAAGCAGCACAUCACCAGCGGCCAGAUGCACCGCGGACACAUGCCCCCGCUGACCUCGGCACAGCAGGCCCUCACAGGCACCAUCAACUCCAGCAUGCAGGCCGUGCAGGCAGCCCAGGCCUCCCUGGAAGAGUUUGACACCCUUCCUCCACUCGGGACGGACGCUGCCUCGCAAGCAUGGCGGAAGAACAAAAUGGACGAGUCCAAACACGAGAUCCACUCCCAGGUGGACGCCAUCACCGCGGGAACCGCAUCCAUGGUCAAUCUCACCGCAGGUGACCCGGCGGAGACGGACUACACGGCCGUGGGCUGUGCGGUGACCACCAUCUCCUCCAACCUGACGGAGAUGUCCAAGGGCGUGAAGCUGCUGGCAGCCCUCAUGGAGGACGAGGGCGGCAACGGGCAGCAGCUGCUCGGCGCAGCCAAGAACCUGGCGUGCGCCGUGUCGGACAUGCUGAAGACCGCCCAGCCGGCCAGCACGGAGCCUCGUCAGAACCUCCUGCAGGCGGCGGGCAACGUGGGCCAGGCCAGCGGGGAGCUGCUGCAGCAGAUCGGAGAGAGCGACACAGACCCCAGGUUCCAGGACAUGCUGAUGCAGCUGGCUAAGGCCGUGGCCAACGCGGCUGCUGCCCUGGUCCUGAAGGCCAAGAACGUGGCCCAGAAGACGGAGGACUCCGCCCAGCAGAACCGCGUGAUCGCCGCAGCGACGCAGUGCGCCCUCUCCACCUCCCAGCUGGUGGCCUGCACCAGGGUGGUGGCCCCCACCAUCAGCUCCCCGGUGUGCCAGGAGCAGCUGAUCGAGGCCGGGAAGCUGGUGGCCAAGUCAGUGGAGGGCUGUGUGGAAGCGUCGCAGGGCGCCACCAACGACGAGCAGCUGCUGAAGCAGGUGGGCGCGGCCGCCACCGGCGUGACUCAGGCCCUCAACGAGCUGCUGCAGCAUAUCAAGCAGUACGCCAGCGGGGGGCAGCCCAUCGGCCGCCACGGGGAGGCCACUGACCGCAUCCUCGACGUCACAGACAACAUCUUCAGCUCUAUGGGCGACGCAGGUGAGAUGGUGCGCCAGGCUCGUAUCCUGGCACAGGCAACCUCCGACCUCGUCAACGCCAUCAAGGCCGACGCGGAGGGGGAGACAGACCUGGAGAACUCCCGAAAGCUGCUGUCCGCUGCCAAGCUCCUGGCCGACGCCACAGCCAAGAUGGUGGAGGCUGCCAAGGGUGCGGCGGCCAACCCGGACAGCGAGGAGCAGCAGCAGAAGCUGCGGGAGGCGGCGGAGGGCCUGCGCAUGGCCACCAACGCAGCCGCGCAGAACGCCAUCAAGAAGCGGCUCGUCAACAAGCUGGAGAACGCGGCAAAGCAGGCAGCGGCCGCCGCCACCCAGACCAUCGCCGCGGCACAGCAUGCGGCCUCGUCCAACAAGAACCCCGCGGCCCAGCAGCAGCUCGUACAGAGCUGCAAGGUGGUGGCUGAACAGAUCCCAAUGCUGGUCCAGGGAGUCCGCGGCAGCCAAUCCCAGCCUGACAGCCCCAGCGCCCAGCUGGCCCUCAUUGGUGCCAGCCAGAACUUCCUGCAGCCCGGAGCGAAGAUGGUGACGGCAGCCAAGGCCACAGUGCCAACCAUCAGUGACCAGGCCUCCGCCAUGCAGCUAAGCCAGUGCGCCAAGAACCUGGCCAGCGCCCUCGCCGAGCUGCGCACAGCUGCGCAGAAGGCGCAGGAAGCCUGUGGCCCUCUGGAGAUUGACAACGCGCUCUCCGUGGUGCGUGGCCUGGAGAAGGACAUGCAGGAGGCCAAGGUCUCGGCCGCCGACGGCAAGCUCAAACCCCUGCCCGGGGAGACGCUGGAGAAAUGCUCCCAGGAUCUAGGCACCAGCACUAAGGCUGUGAGCUCCGCCAUCGCCCAGCUCCUCAGCGAGGCCACCCAGGGCAACGAGAACUACACAGGAAUGGCCGCUAGAGACGUAGCCCAGGCCCUGCGCUCGCUGGCCUCCGCCGCCCGCGGCGUGGCAGCCAACACCGCCGACCCCCAGGCCCGCAACGCCAUGCUGGACUGCGCCAGCGACACCAUGGACAAGUCGGCCAACCUCAUCGAGGAGACCAAGAGGGCCAUCGCCAAGCCUGGCGACCCCGACAGCCAGCAGAGACUGGCGCAGGUGGCGAAGGCAGUGUCCCAGGCUCUGAACAGGAGUGUCAACUGCCUGCCAGGACAGAGGGACGUGGACAAUGCCAUCAGGACAGUCGGAGAGGCUAGCAAGAAACUCCUGAGCGACUCAUUCCCUCCUAGUGGCAAGAGCUUCCAGGAGGCCCAGGCUAACCUGAACCAGGCUGCUGCUGGGCUGAACCAGUCUGCCAACGAGCUGGUGCAGGCAUCCCGUGGCACCACCCAGGACCUGGCUAAGGCCUCGGGCAAGUUCGGACAGGACUUCAACGAGUUCCUGGAGGCCGGAGUGGAUAUGGCCGGCCAAUCACAGUCCAAAGAAGACCAGACGCAGGUGGUCACCAACCUGAAGACCAUCUCCAUGUCAUCCAGCAAGCUCCUGCUCGCUGCCAAAGCCCUCUCCACCGACCCCAAUGCCCCCAACCUCAAGAACCAGCUGGCAGCCGCUGCCCGCGCCGUCACCGACAGCAUCAACCAGCUCAUCACCAUGUGCACCCAGCAGGCCCCGGGGCAGAAGGAGUGCGACAACGCGCUGAGGGAGCUAGAGACGGUUCGGGGCAUGCUGGAGAACCCCACGGAGGCCGUGAACGACAUGUCCUACUUCGACUGCAUCGACAGCGUCAUGGAGAACUCCAAGGUGUUGGGAGAAGCCAUGGCUGGCAUUUCCCACAAUGCCAAAAACAGCAACCUUCCGGAAUUCGGAGAUUCGGUCAGCUCCGCCUCCAAGGCCCUGUGCGGCCUCACUGAAGCCGCCUCUCAGGGGGCCUACCUGGUCGGAGUGUCAGACCCCAACAGCCAUGCCGGCCAGAAGGGGCUGGUGGACCCGGCCCAGUUUGCCCGGGCCAACCAGUCCAUCCAGAUGGCUUGUCAGAACCUGAUCGACCCGGCAUGCACCCAGUCUCAGGUUCUUUCUGCUGCCACCAUUGUUGCCAAACACACAUCCGCCCUCUGCAACGCCUGCCGCCUCGCCUCCUCCAAAACGUCCAACCCUGUUGCUAAGCGACAGUUCGUCCAGUCAGCCAAAGAAGUGGCUAACAGCACGGCUAAUCUUGUCAAGUCCAUCAAAGCCCUGGAUGGAGCUUUCAACCAGGAGAACAGGGAAAAGUGCAAGGCCGCCACCGGCCCCCUGAUCGAAGCCGUGGACAACCUCACCGCCUUCGCCUCCAAUCCCGAAUUCGCCAGCGUCCCGGCCCAGAUCAGUCCAGAGGGCCUGGCGGCGAUGGAGCCCAUCGUGGCUGCAGCCAAGACCAUGCUGGAGAGCUCCACCGGCCUGAUCCAGACCGCCCGCUCCCUGGCCGUCAACCCCAAAGACCCGCCCAAGUGGUCCGUGCUGGCCGGGCAUUCCAGGACCGUGUCCGACUCCAUCAAGAAGCUCAUAACCAACAUGAGAGAUAAAGCCCCAGGACAGAGGGAGUGCGACGAGGCAAUCGAGGUCCUCAACAACUGCAUCCGCGAGGUGGACCAGGCCUCCCUGGCUGCCAUCAGCCAGCAGCUCACCCCGAGAGACGACAUCUCCCAGGAGGCGCUCCACGAGCAGAUGGCAGCAUCCGUGCAGGAGAUCAGCAACCUGAUCGAGCCGGUGGCCGUCGCCGCCCGCUCUGAGGCCUCUCAGCUCGGACACAAGGUGUCUCAGAUGGUCAGCUACUUCGAGCCUCUCAUCAUGGCCUCCAUUGGGACGGCCUCGAAGAUCCUCAACAGCCAACAGCAGAUGAACGUUCUGGACCAGACCAAGACGCUGGCCGAGUCCGCCCUCCAGAUGCUCUACACGGCAAAGGAGGCGGGAGGAAACCCCAAGGCCGCCCACACCCAGGAGGCUCUGGAAGAGUCGGUGCAGAUGAUGAAGGAGGCGGUGGACGACCUGGCGGCGACCUUGGCAGAGGCAGCCAGCGCCGCGGGGGCCGUGGGAGGCAUGGUGGACUCCAUCAACCAGGCCCUCAACAAGAUGGAGGAGGGCCCCGCCGGAGAGCCCGAGGGCACCUUCGUGGACUACCAGACCACCAUGGUGAAGACGGCCAAGGCCAUCGCCGUCACUGUGCAGGAGAUGGUGACCAAAUCCAACACCAACCCUGAUGAGCUGGGAGGCUUGGCCAAUCAGCUGACCAGCGAGUUUGGAGAGCUUGCCACAGAGGCUAAAUGUGCUGCCAUCACAGCUGAGAAUGACGAGAUCGGGUCCCACAUUAAGAAGCAGGUCCAGGAGCUGGGCUUCAGCUGCACGGGGCUGGUGACCAAAGCCGGGGCCCUGCAGUGCAGCCCCAACGACGCCUUCACCAAGAAGGAGCUGAUCGAGAGUGCCCGCAAGGUGUCAGAGAAGGUGUCACAUGUGCUGGCCGCCCUCCAGGCCGGUAACCGCGGCACUCAGGCCUGUAUCACGGCAGCCAGCGCCGUGUCCGGCAUCAUCGCCGACCUGGACACCACCAUCAUGUUCGCCACAGCCGGCACGCUCAACCGUGAGAACGCCGAGACCUUCGCUGACCACAGGGAGAACAUCCUGAAGACAGCCAAGGCCCUGGUGGAGGACACCAAGCUGCUGGUGUCAGGGGCAGGGGCGAGCCAGGAGAAGCUGGCCCAGGCAGCGCAGUCCUCUGUCACCACCAUCACCAAGCUGGCGGACGUGGUGAAGCUGGGCGCAGCCAGCCUGGGGGCCGAGGACCCCGAGACCCAGGUGGUCCUGAUCAACGCCGUGAAGGACGUGGCUAAAGCCCUGGGCGACCUCAUCAGCGCCACCAAGGCAGCGGCGGGCAAGCCCCAUGAUGAUCCGGCCAUGCUCCAGCUCAAGAACUCCGCCAAGGUAAUGGUGACCAACGUGACCUCGCUUUUGAAGACCGUCAAGGCUGUGGAAGACGAAGCCACCAAGGGGACCAGAGCCCUGGAGGCCACUAUCGAGCACAUCAAGCAAGAGCUGGCUGUCUUCACCAGCGAAGAACCACCCCCGAAAACCGCCACCCCGGAGGAGUUCAUCCGCAUGACCAAAGGCAUCACCUUGGCGACGGCCAAAGCGGUGGCUGCUGGGAACUCCUGCCGCCAGGAGGAUGUCAUCGCCACGGCAAACUUGAGCCGCAGGGCCAUCGCUGACAUGCUGCACUCGUGUAAGCAAGCGGCCUACCACCCAGAGGUCAGCAAGGAGGUGCAGAUCCGCGCCCUGCGCUACGGGAAGGAAUGUGCCAGCGGUUACCUUGGUCUGCUGGAACACGUACUGGUGAUCAUCCAGAAGCCGUCCCACGACCUGAAACAGCAGCUGGCAACCUUCUCCAAGCGCGUGGCGGGCUCCGUCACCGAGCUCAUCCAGGCCGCCGAGGCCAUGAAAGGCACGGAAUGGGUGGACCCGGAAGAUCCCACCGUCAUUGCCGAAAACGAGCUGCUGGGGGCAGCCGCGGCCAUUGAAGCCGCCGCUAAGAAACUGGAGCAGCUGAAGCCCAGAGCCAAGCCCAAGGAGGCGGACGAAAGCCUAAACUUCGAGGAGCAGAUUCUGGAAGCAGCCAAAUCGAUCGCAGCCGCCACCAGCGCGUUGGUCAAGGCUGCCUCAGCAGCCCAGAGGGAACUGGUGGCCCAGGGCAAGGUCGGCGCUAUCCCAGCCAAUGCAGUGGAUGAUGGACAGUGGUCUCAGGGUCUCAUUUCAGCGGCCCGGAUGGUCGCUGCGGCGACCAACAACCUCUGCGAGGCGGCGAAUUCGGCGGUGCAGGGCCACGCCAGCGAAGAGAAGCUCAUCUCCUCCGCCAAGCAGGUGGCGGCCUCCACCGCCCAGCUCCUGGUGGCCUGCAAGGUGAAGGCCGACCAGGACUCCCAGACCAUGAAGAGGCUGCAGGCUGCUGGUAACGCGGUCAAGAGGGCGUCAGACAACCUGGUGAAGGCGGCGCAGAAGGCAGCCUUUGAAGCCCAGGACGACCAGGCCGUUGUGGUCAAGAGCAAGAUGGUCGGUGGCAUUGCUCAGAUCAUCGCCGCGCAGGAGGAGAUGUUGCGGAAGGAGCGUGAGCUGGAUGAGGCCAGGAAGAAGCUGGCCAUGAUCCGGCAGCAGCAGUACAAGUUCCUGCCCACGGAGCUGAGAGAAGACGGUCAGGAGCAGUGAGAGGGCGGCGGCCGCCGCCACCCGCAACAACCGCAGAGACAAAUCAGUGCAGGUGCCCCUCCCGGGCGCUUACUAAACCCGAGCGGAAUACGAUGGAACUGUUGAGUUUCGCUAACAGAAAGCAAUAUUUGGCUACGUAAUUAAAGAAAAAAAGAAAUGGAGUGAAAAAGUGAAAGCUGUAUCAGGAUGUCUAUUUUAAAAAAAAAAAAAUUUUUUUGUUUGUUUCUGUUUAUUUGUCACUCUUAAAAGCUUAACAGUGCCACUGUUUUUGUUUAAAUAAUGUACAAUGUAUGCAACUUCAUUAAGAUAACUGCGCCUUUAAUAAUAUUUCUAUGUGAUUAAUUUCGUAAUUAGCUCCUUUAGAUUAGCUGCUCCUAACUAGAUUGCAUGUGUCUACUGUGGCUUCAACCAUUUUUAAUC